AUCUGUUGGGUUCGUUGGAAUUCGGUGUGGGAUGUCGUCGAAUGUGGAGUAUUGAUAUAUCGUUGUUAUUGUGGUUUGUUGAUGGUUCCGUGGUAUCCGUGCGCAGUUGUGUUUCAUGUCUGUUUGUGUGGUGUCCGCUGGGGUUGUGAGAAUGGUGUUAUCGGUGUGUAUGUUCUGGGAUGGUGGGUAUUGUGGUUCGUGGUGUUGUUUGGUGCUGCGCUAUCAUCGUGGGCACUCGUCGAUGGCAGAUCUUUCUGCUUGGUCGAACAUGGUGGUGCGUGAGGCUUUCAGGUCGCGUCUACAUGGUCGUUGUGGGUUCAUGUUGACGCUUGAGGAAUAGCAUAAUGGUCGUACUGUAAAAUGAUGGUCCGGGGUAUCGACGUCAUGUGGGGGCUGGCCCUGGCCCCAUGGCGGGAUGAGCAC